GCCAAAUGCGCUAAUUGCCCCAUCUGACCCGAGUAAAAAGCGGGAAUCACCCGGGGCAUCAUAGAAGGGCUGCCCCGGGGGCGCCGAGCAAGCCUGGGGCUGCCUCGGCCCCAUCCCAGCGAAGAGAACAAGCGGCGAAGCGCUGGCACACCCAGGAACCAAACCAAGUGCUACGCGCUGGUGACCCGGCGGCGGCGGCGCGCAGAAAAGAACCAUGCCCCGCCAAACCCUCCGCAUCCGCGACGACAACGACCUGCGCACGGUCUUCGAGUGCUUCGACCUGGACGAGAGCGGCACGAUCGACGUACACGUAAUCCCGGAGAUGAUCCGGACGCUCAUGUACGAGGUGCCUGCGCCACAGCAGGUGCAGGCUUUGCUUGCCAAGUACGACGCCGACGGCAGCGGGAGCCUGGACUUCUCCGAGUUCCAGGCCUUGUUGCAGGACUACGAGUCGCCGUACGACAUCUGGAUCGAGCAGACGCAGGAGGAACUCGGUCUAGUAUUGCGAAACAGAAAAGACGGCCACGUUUGCAUAGUGAGCGUGUGCCCCGAAUUGUGCCCGGCGCUGUACGAGGCCGCGCGGCGGGGCUUCAUGGUGCCCGGCCACCGCAUCGCGUCCAUCGACGGUCAGCGAUAUAAGGACGCGCGCGAAGCGGCGGACUACCUGCGGAAGACGAUCCGGGAGCAGCGCGUGCUCAUCACGCUCGAGGCGCCCGAGCCGAUUUCGAGCCGGGGCCACCACGUCCCGAUGCCCUGGUGGCAGCACUCCGUGCUCGUGAACACGGCCCUCGUCGAGGACGGGGAGACGCGCCUACGGCGAGACAGGAUGCGCGCGUCGUCCUCGAAUACGACGGCCGAUAGCUACUGGCACGGGCACCUGCAUUCGGCAUAUGUGUAAGUUUUCAUAAG